AGUAAAUGUGCGCAAGUGUGCGAGCAAGUGCGCAGGUGACGCAAGCCCAACUCCUAUAAAGAAAAAAAAAUCAGAACCAUAUAAAGAGACAACAUUGCUUCCAUCGACUUCCAUUGCUCAUCUUACCAGUUCUUAUUUCUACCAUGAUCGCCGCGCCUACCACUGUAACUGCAGUGUAUGAUCCUCCUCCUUCGUCUUUGGCCAUGCAUCCAAUGCAUAAUGAUCUCAAUGGCGCUAAUCUUGAUUCGGUUCUAGGCGCAGCCAAUAAUGGGUUAUCACAAGAACCCAUGGUCCAUCGGGAAGGAGAGGAGCCACUCCCAACCACGUAUGCCAAACUGCCAAAAACCACCAAAUUGGAGGAGGAACCGAAUCCGUUUGAAAAAAGUUUCUCACGCGCUGAUUCUCCUCUCAAUGAUGGUCCUUGCACCAAUGCCAAGCCGAUGCUUCCCCCUGUUGGAUCUAUUGCCAGUCCUUCCAAAAGCACCGUGCACUCAAUGGUGUGGGAUUCAUUACAAACAGGGCCGUCACCACCUUCCAUGCUUCAAGGGCCAACCGAUCCGUCAGCAACGACGAUGAAUCGGUCCAUCAAUAAUUUGGGUUUCCGGCCGAUCGCUUCCACCACGAGUCUCUCGGCGGAAACGGCCAAUGAGGCACCGUAUUUAGUAAGGGAUCUCUUUUAGAAUCGACUUGUUCAACGACGAUCGAUCGAGUUGUGCCACCAGCACCACCACCUACGUCGG